AUGGGGCAGCAAGGCUCCUCUCUCUCUGGCGAGAGCCGCCCCAGGCAGCCACAGCGUCCAGCAUCUUCGUCAAGCGACAAGCUGGCAGCAACCCCAGGGAUGUUUGUGCAGCACUCCACUGCUGCCUUCAGCGAUAGGUAUAAGGGUCAGCGAGUGCUGGGCAAAGGGAGUUUCGGGGAGGUGAUAUUGUGUAAAGAUAAAGUUACAGGACAAGAGUAUGCGGUGAAGGUAAUAUCAAAGCGUCAGGUAAAGCAGAAGACAGACAGAGAGCUGCUGUUGAAAGAAGUCGAGUUGUUAAAGAAGUUAGACCAUCCAAAUAUAAUGAAGUUGUACGAAUUCUUUGAAGAUAAAGGUUAUUUUUAUUUAGUUACGGAAGUAUACACUGGAGGGGAGCUCUUUGACGAGAUUAUUAGUAGAAAGAGAUUCAGCGAGGUGGAUGCGGCGCGUAUAAUUCGUCAAGUGUUAUCAGGGAUAACAUACAUGCACAAGAAUAAAGUUGUUCAUAGGGAUUUAAAGCCAGAGAAUCUGCUGCUUGAAAAUAAAAGAAAAGACGCAAACAUCAGAAUCAUCGACUUCGGCCUCUCUACCCACUUCGAACCAACCAAGAAGAUGAAAGAUAAAAUCGGCACGGCAUACUACAUCGCCCCCGAGGUGCUGCACGGGACGUACGACGAGAAGUGCGAUGUGUGGUCAACUGGAGUCAUCCUCUACAUCCUUCUAUCAGGCUGUCCGCCGUUUAACGGGGCGAAUGAAUUUGACAUUUUGAAGAAAGUGGAGAAGGGCAAAUUUACGUUCGACCUGCCCCAGGUACUGUCUCCUAAAUAA